UAGCGCCGUCAUAAAUGUUGCGGAAUUUUUCCUGAGUCAAUAAACGCACUUUAAUAAAUUGUUAAUAAGAUAACUGUAUCUUUACUUAUUAUUAGUUAUAAAUUCAAGAAGACUGUAAUUAAUUUAUAAUUAAUUGACUCACAAUACAAAGAAAUUCAUUAAACCUAAACUACUAGUAAUAUAAAAUAUCUAAUAAUGGCCGGUUCUGGAGAUUCACCUUCUGACUCAAUCCUAGCAAAGUUUGGACUUCAACCAGUUACACGAUGUAGUUUAACAAAAUUUUAUAUUCCUGCAUUUGGUGUAGCUUCUUAUACAGGACUUUCUGUUAAUGUGAUGAAUCCUCAACUUGUUAUCAGAGUUUUUCCGAAAACUGAUAUAACAAAUUAUUUAUUGGGCGGUGCUUUAAUUGGUACGGGAUCAUACAUUUACACAAGAGAGCAUUUAAAAUCAGCUCAUCAGUGUUGGAGAAUUACGUUCAGUUUUGCAGGCGCACUGCUUCUGAACUUUGGCUCCGUCCUAGUGUGGGCAGUUGUCAGAUCAAUCAUCCCACCUAACCCAGCAUUAUGUACCAUAGCGGGUGUAGGUACUGGUCUGUUGGCUAUAAAAGCUGGUCAUAGUUACCUCCAAUUUGUUGAUAGUCAAAUUGCUAAGAAGUAACUGGUUUUCAAUAAUAUUUGAUAGAUUUGUUAAACCUAUUACCAUUAACUAUAACACUAACAAUAAUAAACACAAUAACAAAUGAAUACUUACAAAAAGUGAUGAGCAAUAUGAAUGAAAUAUUUAUAUGAUUUCCACCCUGCAACAAAUGUAUUAAUACGUGGGUAGUGCUUCUACUGUAUGUCGGGGUAAGAAAUAUUUUUGUUUUCAUUUUUAUUAUUUUGAAAUAUGUUUUUUGAACUCAAGAUAUUUUGAAAAGUUUGUUGAUUGUUUUGAAAACAAUAUUUAAAUAAAAUACAUUUUUAUCACUUGUACAAACUUUGAUCUAAAUUAGUUUUAAGGUAGAAAAAUAUAUUUAAAGUAUUAACAACUCACUGUUAAUUUCAUAACAUUUUUAUUUCAUUAUAAAAUUGAUUCUUUAUUAUUAAAAUACAUUUAUUGAGUUUUAACACGCGCAGAACACACAAACAUAAAAAAAAUGAAAAAUAUGCAGUAAUCAGUACUAGUCAAAUUACGGAAAAUCAUGAGAAAAAAAUAAAUAA